AUGGGUUCGUCUUGGCACAACGCCAAAUUUUACUUGCGGGUGGUUCCCAUUACUGUACUUGUGACGAUGUUCAUUGUCUUAGUUGGAUAUGUCUCGUGGAGUAUUCAUAUUUUUAAUCCAGUUCCUCUACGAAUUCACAUGAAUUGUGGAAUAUACGAAGGGGAAAGUGGCAAAGAGAAUCUAGCCGUGUAUAUACGUAAUCGGACUGUGCGUAAAGAGAAGAUUGGCUUGAAUAAUAACAAAUGCCAAUCAAUCAAAAAACGACGAUACUUACCGGCUGCUGUGCCACAUAGCAUGGAAGUCCAUCAUAACAUGUAUCUAUUGCGAAUCGUUAGCAAGGAUUACGAUUUCUUGGAAGAAGUGAUGACAAUGAUGUUUUCUCCACUGCACUUCUACUGCUUUGUUAUUGACAGCAGUGCGUCAGCGGAAUUCGAAAAAUUGGAAAACGAGAUGCCAAUUCAUUCAAUUCACUACAUCGCUGAUACCGCCAGAAGGCUUGGCGAAGCAGCCCGUAUUGGUCGAUUUACCAUUGCCGAGGAACACAUACGUAUUCUAGGCGACGACCUGGACAAGGCAAGCGCAAAGGAACAAGAAUAUUUGAAGCGAGCGGUGUGCUCAUGGCUAAAGAAUCGACGGUUUCCAAUUAUUCUUCCUCGGGUUUUCCAGGAUGUGCUGUUCAAAUUCAUUACCGAACAAAAUUUAGAACAUUGUCAAGUACUUUCACCAGAUUUCGACAAAAACGUUGCAUUGGAGGUCUGCCAUACGAAUCAUUACGACGAGAUGGGCAACUGCAUAGUCGGCAUAGAAGACUACGACUAUAUCACGAUUGUCGCUUGUAGUGAUUUGUGGGGGACAGAUUACAUGUUGUUGUUGUUUGACGCCUUCCAAGCCCAAGCCACAAAUAACCGACGAGAGCAAUAA